AUGGCCUCCGGGAGCGUGGCCGAGUGCUUACAGCAGGAGACCACUUGCCCCGUGUGCCUGCAGUACUUUGUGGAGCCCAUGAUGCUCGACUGCGGCCACAACAUCUGUUGCGCCUGCCUCGCCCGCUGCUGGGGCGCGGCGGAGACCAAUGUGUCGUGUCCGCAGUGCCGGGAGACCUUCCCGCAGCGGCACAUGCGGCCCAACCGGCACCUGGCCAACGUGACCCAGCUGGUGAAGCAGUUGCGCACCGAACGGCCGUCGGGGCCCGGAGGCGAGAUGGGCGUGUGCGAGAAACACCGCGAGCCUCUGAAGCUGUACUGCGAGGAGGACCAGAUGCCCAUCUGUGUGGUGUGCGACCGCUCCCGCGAGCACCGCGGCCACAGCGUGCUGCCGCUCGAGGAGGCGGUGGAGGGCUUCAAGGAGCAAAUCCAGAACCAGCUGGACCACUUAAAAAGAGUGAAAGACUUAAAGAAGAGGCGACGGGCACAGGGAGAGCAGGCUCGAGCUGAACUCUUGAGCCUGACCCAGAUGGAGAGGGAGAAGAUUGUUUGGGAGUUUGAGCAGCUGUAUCACUCCUUGAAGGAGCAUGAGUAUCGCCUUUUGGCCCGUCUCGAGGAACUAGACUUGGCUAUCUACAACAGUAUCAAUGGUGCCAUCACUCAGUUCUCUUGCAACAUCUCCCACCUCAGCAACCUGAUCGCCCAGCUGGAAGAGAAACAGCAGCAACCCACCAGGGAGCUCCUGCAGGACAUCGGGGACACAUUGAGCAGGGCUGAAAGAAUCAGGAUUCCUGAACCCUGGAUCACACCUCCAGAUCUGCAAGAGAAAAUCCACAUUUUUGCUCAGAAGUGUCUGUUCUUGACUGAGAGUCUGAAGCAGUUCACAGAAAAAAUGCAGUCAGAUAUGGAGAAAAUCCAAGAAUUGAGAGAGGCCCAGUUAUACUCAGUGGAUGUGACUCUGGACCCAGACACAGCCUAUCCCAGCCUGAUCCUCUCUGAUAACCUGCGGCAAGUGCGGUACAGUUACCUCCAGCAGGAUCUGCCCGACAACCCUGAGCGGUUCAAUCUGUUUCCCUGUGUCCUAGGCUCUCCCUGCUUCAUCGCUGGGAGACACUAUUGGGAGGUAGAGGUGGGCGAUAAAGCCAAGUGGACCAUAGGUGUCUGUGAAGACUCGGUGUGCAGAAAAGGCGGGGUAACCUCGGCCCCCCAGAAUGGAUUCUGGGCAGUGUCCUUGUGGUAUGGGAAAGAAUACUGGGCUCUCACCUCCCCAAUGACUGCCCUCCCCCUGCGGACCCCUCUCCAACGGGUGGGGAUUUUCUUGGACUAUGAUGCUGGCGAGGUCUCCUUCUACAACGUGACAGAGAGGUGUCACACCUUUACUUUCUCUCAUGCUACCUUCUGUGGGCCUGUCCGGCCCUACUUCAGUCUGAGUUACUCUGGAGGGAAGAGCGCAGCUCCUCUGAUCAUCUGCCCCAUGAGUGGCAUCGAUGGGUUUUCUGGCCAUGUUGGGAAUCAUGGUCAUUCCAUGGAGACCUCCCCUUGA